AUGACAUCGCUUGCAUACGCACAUUACACCGUCGACUCUGCACCUAUCGAGGCACUAAGCGAGCCUCCGUCAAAUCCAUCUUACUCCCCGCCACUCUCAACUACGUCAUCCGACAACGACAUACCUACUCGCGGUCGCCUAGACGCACAAAGACCCAGACUCGGAAGUCGUAAAAGCAGUGGCACCAUGAUCAUUCCAAGAGACAGUCCACGUGUCGAGAUGGCACCUGGCGAAGAAGAAUAUGAGCCUGAUGAUGUUCGAAGCAUGAGCCCCAGACGGACAAGCGAGGUCAUUGAGAAACUGGGAGAGGAUGCACGACGAAACCUCAUCGAACAAGCACAAGCCUUGAGAGCCAGCCUGAUGGCCAUCGUCGACCGUGUCGAGGCUGUCAAGAUCGAACACGAAAAGCUCGAAGGCGGUAACAAGUUCCUUCAAUCAUACAUUGGCGAACUGAUACAGACCAGCAAAAUCACAUCUGCAGCUCCGUCCAAGAAGGGCAAGAGCCGCAAUGUGAAGUAA